AUGUCUUGCUUCAUCACUUUCCGACUCUUCAAUCACCUGCCCUCUGCUGCCAGAAUGCCCGAGCAACAGAAACUCCCGAAGACGGACAAGGUCUCCAAGACAUCAUACUCUCACUCGGAAAAGAUUACCCACUAUGAGUCUGAGGAUACAGUGGAGUCUACGAAAAUCCCCACAUCCUCGCGCGCCGCUCCUCAAGCGAAUCGUCCCACUCCUUCAGUGCGAGGUCAGGACUCCGACGACUCCGACGAGGAAAACGAAGAAGCGCUACUCAUCCACCGCUCGGUACAUGCCAAGUAUCACGCACAGAACGCGGAUAAAAACACGUUGGAGCGAUCUGACAGUCCCUCAACGCAGGCUCAAGCUCCCCUGAAGCCAACUCAGGCCCUCUCAAAGCAGCGCAAGUUAGGAUUUGCCCACCAACUCAAAGACAUGAACGAGCGGUAUCAAACUCAGCAAGAACUUCGGACGGAAGCGACGUCGAAAUACCCAGAGCAUGCAAGGCUAAGCCCCGAGACGGACAAGGGAGCUCGACGUGAGGUCAAAGAAGAACUUAAGAUGGCGCGGCGGAGGCGAAAGGCAGAAGAAGCGAGGUUUCAGGAGAAGACCAAGAUGGUGGUCGGGGACUCAAAACUUUUGUCGUCGAAGCCGGUCCGCGAGGGGGGACACGAGCUGAAGAAGAGGCGCAUGAUGAUGGAGAGGACCCGGUCGCGAGAGCCGGAAGAGAGCGGGCAAGAUUUUUCUUUCCCAGAGUCUGAAGAGGCGGAGGCUCCCGUAGUAGAUGAGCAGCCAAAGUCCUCGCAGUCGGUCAAGAAAGGGGCCGCGACGAGCGAUCCCAUCCAUACUGACUCAGCGGAGAACUCGGAGGAGGAAACCUGCACGAUCCCUGACAAUGACAGCGGAGACGCAUUUCUGACCGAUCCGAUGGACGUGGCCGAUGAUGCUCCCGAUCACGUCUCCUCUCCCGCUGCCAGGGCAGACCACCGUACCGAUUCAGCUCAUCGCUCAUUCGCCCACGAACUAGCCGAAGACGCCACAGAAGCCAGAGCCAUUCUCGUCGCACAGGGUACCGUUCCCCGACAGUUCAUCAGUUACGACACCAGCCAUAUUCCCCCUCAACAAACCCUCAACAUGCUCGACAGCAGAUUCGGGCAGUGGCGGGGCGAGAACCCGUACGAUGAAGUGCUCAUUCUGGAGACUGGUUACUUUGAGGAAAUUGUCGAGGCUAAUGGCAAAUAUCGUCUCAGUGGGAUGGUGAGAAAUGGCUUUGAUGGGGGCUAUGAGCUUGGUUCUGGAGCGUGUCUGGAGCGGAGAGAGUCCUAGUAGUUUUUGAGCUCCUUCGGUCGUUUUAGUCGUGGCUUCAUGCCCAUUUUGCCUUUUGCCGUCACACAG